GAGGCUUGGGACAGGGGCUGAUGGGGUGUUUCGUCGGCGGCUGGUGGGGCAUUUCACCGCUGCGCGCUUUUUCUCGUCAUGGACAACCUAGAAAACGUUUUUCGCAUGUUUGAAGCCCAUAUGCAAAACUACAAGGGUAAUGACCCACUUGGAGAAUGGGAAAGCCUUAUGAAGUGGGUAGAAGAGAAUUUUCCUGACAAUAAAGAAUACUUGGUGAUAUUAUUAGAACAUUUAAUGAAGGAAUUUUUAGAUAAGAAGAACUACCACAAUGAUUCAAGAUUCAUCAAUUAUUGCUUAAAAUUUGCUGAGUUCAACAGUGACCUUCAUCAGUUUUUUGAGUUUCUGUACAACCAGGGAAUUGGAACCAAGUCAUCAUAUCUAUACAUGUCCUGGGCAGGGCAUCUGGAAGCCCAGGGAGAGCUGCAGCAUGCUAGUGCUAUUUUUCAGACAGGAAUUCACAAUGAGGCUGAACCUAAAGAACUACUACAACAACAAUACAGGCUAUUCCAGACACGCCUUACUGGAACCCAUUUGCCAGCUCAAGCUGUAACCUCAGAACCUAUGCAUAAUGCACAGAUUUUAAACCAAGUUAUGAUAACAAAGUCAAGUCCAGGAAAAAAUUCAGCCUGUGUUCCUAGGAGUCAGGGUUCAGAGUAUUCUGGUGUGGCACCUUCCACUUGUGAUGAAAAGUCUAAUAUGGAACAGAGAGUGAUCAUGAUUUCCAAGUCAGAAUGUUCUGUCAGCUCAUCUGUGGCACCCAAGCCUGAAUCUCAGCAAGUUAUGUACUGCAAGGAAAAGCUUAUUCGUGGAGAUUCAGAAUUUUCUUUUGAAGAACUGAGAGCUCAGAAAUACAAUCAACGGAAGAAGCAUGAACAGUGGGUUAGUGAAGACAGAAAUUAUAUGAAAAGAAAAGAAGCAAAUGCUUUUGAAGAGCAGUUAUUAAAACAGAAAAUGGAUGAACUUCACAAGAAAUUGCAUCAAGUGGUGGAAUUGUCUCACAAGGACCUGCCUGCUUCUGUGAAUAGGCCUGAUGUUAAUCUAUUAUGUAUGGCACAAAAUACAUGCUCCGAGCAAGAACUGAGGGGUCCAAGUCUUUCAUCCAUCAAUCAGCAGACCUCAGAGAACUCAGGAGAGAAACCACAGGAAGAACCUUCUGUUCCUCUUAUGGCAAAUGCUGUUAAUAGCACUUUGCUGUUCCCAGCUGCCAGCCUGCCAACUCUUCCUAUUCCUGUAAGUGACCAGUCAGAAUCCAGGUGUGUGAAUCAAAGUAUACAUGAAUUCAUGCCACAGAGUGGAGCAGAAACAAAAGAAGUAUGUGAAACAAAUAAAGUUGCCAGCAUUAAUGAUUUUCGUACAACUCCAAACACAUCAUUGGGAAUGGUUCAAGGAACACCAUGCAAAGUGCAGCCGUCACCAACUGUCCACACCAAGGAGGCAUUAGGUUUCAUCAUGGAUAUGUUUCAGGCUCCAACACUUCCUGACAUUUCUGAUGAUAAAGAUGAAUGGCUAUCUCUAGACCAAAAUGAAGAUGCAUUUGAAGCCCAGUUUCAAAAAAAUGCAGUAUCUUCAGAGGAUUGGGGAGUUAAAAAGAUUAUGACUUUGUCAUCUGCUUUUCCUAUUUUUGAAGAUGGAAACAAAGAAAAUUAUGGCUUACCACAGCCUAAAAAUAAGCCCUUAGGAGCUAGGACCUUUGGAGAACGAUCUCUCAGCAAAUGUACAUCAAGAUCAAAUGAAAUGCCUCACACUGAUGAGUUUAUGGAUGAGUCAACAGUAUGUGGUAUUCGCUACAACAAAACCCUAGCUCCCAAUCCUGUAAGUCUAGGAGACUUUACAUCUGCUGCCCAGCUCUCAUCUACACCAUUCCACAAAUUUCCAGCAGAUUCAGUGCAGAUUCCAGAAGAUAAAGAAAAUGUGGUAGCCAUGCAGUAUACACAUAUGGCUAUGGAUUCUUGUAAAGAAAACAUAGUGGACCUCUCAAAAGACAGAAAGCUUGGUCCAAUUGAAGAGAAAUUUUCAGCAUCUUUACCCUGUCCUAGUCAGCCUGCCACAGGUGGUUUGCUCACCAAGGAAGCAGUGUUCAGCCUUGAGGCUUAUAAAUGCACAGACACUGGCUAUGCAACGGUGGAAGACCUAUCAGAUGCCAGCGCUGGACUCCAAGUUGAAUGGGUUCAAGCUAGUUCACUUGGAAAUGUCAAUGCUCCAAACUUUACUAUUGAGAACCCAUGGGAUGAUGAAUUGAUUCUUAAACUUCUAUCUGGGCUUUCUAAGCCGGUUACUUCCUAUUCAAAUACUUUUGUAUGGCAGAGUAAACUUCCAGCCAUCAAGACCAAGACAGAAUUCCAGUUGGGUUCUUUGCUGGUCUAUGUGAAUCACCUUCUUGGAGAAGGAGCCUUUGCUCAAGUCUUUGAAGCUAUUCAUGGAGAUGUGAAAGAUACCAAAAGUAAACAGAAAUGUAUUUUGAAGGUGCAGAGACCUGCCAACUCUUGGGAAUUCUACAUUGGGAUGCAGCUCAUGGAAAGACUAAAGCCAGAAGUACAUCACAUGUUCAUCAAGUUUUAUUCUGCUCAUUUAUUCCAGAACGGCAGCAUAUUAGUAGGGGAGCUCUACAGCUAUGGGACUUUACUAAAUGUCAUUAACCUCUAUAAAAAUACCCCUGAAAAAGUGAUGCCCCAGGCUCUCGUCAUCACUUUCGCUAUCAGAAUGCUUUACAUGGUUGAACAAGUCCACAGCUGUGAAAUUAUUCAUGGUGACAUUAAGCCAGAUAACUUCAUACUAGGACACAGAUUUUUGGAACAGGAUGAUGAAGACUUAGCUACUGGCUUGGCAUUGAUUGACCUGGGUCAGAGUAUAGAUAUGAAACUUUUCCCUAAAGGAACUGUAUUUACAGGAAAGUGUGAAACAUCUGGUUUUCAAUGUCCUGAGAUGCUCAGUAACAAGCCAUGGAACUACCAGGUUGAUUACUAUGGAGUUGCUGCAACAAUAUACUGUAUGCUCUUUGGCACUUACAUGAAAGUAAAAAAUGAAGGAGGAGUCUGGAAACCUGAAGGUCUUUUUAGAAGGCUUCCUCAUUUGGAUAUGUGGGAGGAAUUCUUUCACAUCAUGUUGAAUAUACCAGGUUGUCAUAAUCUUCCAUCUUUGGAUUUUCUGAGACAAAAGAUGAAGAAAUUACUUGAACAACAGUAUUCUAACAAGAUUAAGACCUUGCGUAAUAGGCUAAUUGUGCUGCUUUCAGAAUAUAAGCGUUCAAGAAAAUAAAAUAUGAAUAUGGACCUUCUCCAAAGCACACUUUGUAAAUUUAAACUCUCACUUUGAAUCCUAUUUUUUCAUACUUAUUAUUUAUGUAUGUUAAAAAAUAAAGCCCAUACGAUACACCCAUGUGA